CGUAUAAACGAGUCAGUUUUCGGCCGGCCCCUACACCGACCACUCCUGUUUCGCUGCCAAAAGUGUGAAAAGGACAAAACAUGACUCAAUCUGUGACGUCAUUUGUGAUUUUGAGUGCGUUCGUUGUUCAAAUAUUGGCACAGAGUGAUCCAACAGUGACGAUCGCUCAAGGCACCGUUGUAGGUGCGAAGGCGACGGAUGGCGGUGACUACAACAUAUUUUACGGCAUACCCUACGCCGGCAAUCCGGCAAAUGAAAAUAGAUUCAAGGCGCCUCCUCCCGCUCCAUCAUUCCCGGGACCCUUUAUUGCUCAUGACUCAUCAGUUCAAUGUGCACAACCUACAACAUCAGGACUGUUAGGAGAAGAAAACUGCCUUGUUGUCAAUGUUUACACCAAAAAUUUCACAACGCCAAAACCAGUAAUGGUAUGGAUUGACGGGGAGGAGUACACCACUAUGCCGAACCACGGCAAAUACUCAUUCAGGCAAUUAGUGGAGAAAGACAUAGUCGUCGUGUCUAUAAACUACAGACUCUCUAUCUUUGGAUUCCUCUGCUUGGGGGUGGAGCAAGCCCCCGGGAACGCUGGACUAAAGGAUAUUAUCGCUGGACUUCAAUGGAUCAACCAAAAUAUCGCACCUUUCGGAGGAGACCCUAACAACGUCGUCCUUUUUGGUCAUGGAUCAGGGGCAGCCAUGGUGGAUCUAGUGACACUGUCUCCACUGUCGGAGAACUUAGUGCAUAAAGCAAUAGCAUCUAGUGGGACGUCUCUCGCUCCCUGGGCAGUCGCAUACAAACCCGUCGAAUACGCAGAGCUGGUCGGACAAAAACUUGAGUACACGGGAAAAUCGAAAGAUGAACUAGCAAAGUUACUAGCAGAAACAAACAUAAACACACUCGGAGCUGCCCUAUCGGGAUUCAAAUUCUUGAACAAUACUCCACUGUUCGCUCCUUGCGUUGAAGACCCGAAACUGGAAUCCAACAGUACAAUCGGGACAUUCUUGUCUGAUGCCCCAAUCAACAUUAUCAGAUCUGGCAAUUACAGACAUGUGCCUUUUAUUACCGGCUACGCCAACAGAGAAGGUACUCUUAGAGCAAUAGAAGCGCUAAUUGAAAAUUGGUUUGAACAAAUGAACGCUAACUUUACAAAUGCAUUGCCAGUAGAUUUGUCGAACAGACUUGACAUAACGCCGAAUGUUACUAAUUUCUAUUUCGAUGGGCGUAUGAAUCUAGGUAACAUCGAAGACUUUUUUGACUUUGAAGGAGAUACAAUGUUUCUGAUUUCAACUAUAAGAGCUGCAUAUGAAAGGGCUUUAACAUCUAAAGCUCCAGUAAGGCUUUAUGAAUUCUCAGUCCGAGGCAGUUUGAAUUCUGAUUGGACAUUCCCCGGAACGACUGUCACCGGCGCUACGCACCGCAGCAUUCUGAAAUAUAUCUUCAACUACGACUUGUCAACCAGCUUAACAGAUGCUACUGCUCAAUCGGCUCUUAUAAGACGAUGGGUUGCAUUUGCAUCUACUGGAAUACCAACUACAUCACCGUUACUUCCUCUGGGCUCUUCAGUUUGGGAUCCUGUCUCAGCAAACGCUUCGCAGCCAAUCAACUACAUGCAUUUUGAUGGGAGCACUUUCUUCGCCGAGACUGGCAAAUUCAACCCUCAUCCGGAGAGGAGGAAUUUCUGGGGCAAUAUCUACGACAGCUACUACAUCCCGCCCCCGUCUGUAGCGGGCUCCAGUGACAGAGUAAUCGGGUUUGCAGUCGUUGUUUUGGUGUUGCAAGCCGUUCUUAGGUUCUUAUAGUCGUUUUUAAAUGA